CUUUCAUCCUUACACAGGACCCGCCACCGUCUAUCCAAGGUUUCUUCGAUUGCACCGUUCGUCUCUAGCAGCCAUGCCCAAGCUUGACAUCAACAAGGCUGGAUGGGAGCAAAGUGAAUUCCCCAUCCUAUGUGAGACAUGUUUGGGGGACAAUGCCUUCGUGCGGAUGUCUAAACAAGAAUACGGCCGCUCCUGCGGCACAUGCGCACGACCCUUCACGGUCUUCCGCUGGAAUCCGGGCUCGGGCAUGCGCUUCAAGACGACGGUGAUCUGCCAGACCUGCGCGAAGAUCAAGAAUGUCUGCCAGACAUGUCUGCUGGAUCUUGAAUACGGCUUGCCCACGCAAGUGAGGGACACAGCGCUGGGCAUCCAGAAUGAGGCCCCGACGAGCGAGAUCAAUAGGGAGUACUAUGCGCAAAACCUUGAGGGCAAGCUGGAUGGGAACAAGUCCUUGCUUGACUCAGGAAAAGCGUCGUCUGCGGGGAAAGAUAUGUUGAAGCAGCUUGCGCGUACGGACCCUUAUUACAAGCGCAAUCGCCCACGCAUAUGUUCGUUCUUUGUGAAAGGGGAGUGUAACCGUGGCUCAGACUGCCCAUACAGACAUGAGAUGCCUGUCGACAACGAGCUCUCGAAGCAGAACAUCCAAGAUCGGUAUCAUGGUCGCAACGAUCCUGUCGCACACAAAAUCAUGACCCAGCACGCGUCGUCGAUGGGUUUGCAACCUCCUGAAGACCAGUCUAUCGUGUCUUUGUUUCUGACAUUACUGCCGCCCUCCGCGACUGAGCAGAGCGUUCGCACCCGUGUCGUGCAAUCGCUCCCUAGUGUCGACCCAGCACACAUAAAGUCUAUCGUUCAUGUUGCAAAGUCAAGAUGUGCUUUCGUCAACUUCAAGGACCGAGCGUCCGCGGAAACUGCCGCCCAGGCCUGGGCAAAUGGGUUCGAGUUGGAUGGUACUGCAGCAAAUGUCAAGUGGGGUAGGAGCAAAGGUGCCGCCGCAUCGAAAGGAAAAGCAGCGUCGUCCACAGCGGAGGUUGCUGCAUGAUGUUUUGUUGUUCUUGUCCCUUCUCUUGUAUCAAUAGUGUAUGAUGCUCAGUAAUACCGUGUUAUGAUGUUGCCAAUGUCUCUCAACUCGUCCUACAUCGAGUGCACACAGACAGAUCCCAAGCAAUUGUCAUAUGGCAGGAAUCAGAUAUACCGCCUGGUGUGCAACACCUCACUCAAAUGACAUCGAAAGAGGAAACAAAAUAAAUAUUGAGACCCGUAGGUCUACCACUCCGGGAAAGCGUGUCAUCCUUGUGCAGGGGCCAUGCUAAUCUUCUCUGUAUCGUUCCAAUUUUUUCGUAUGUCACCCCGAAGGGGACAA